CAGGAGGAGCACGGGCUCGCCUCCUCUGCCUCUCGCGAAGUCCCACGAAGUCAUCGCCGCCGCCGCCGCCACCACCACCACCUACGCCGGCCACUUCCGGCUACCUCCGGCGCUGUGCAGCGCGCGCCCGAGCUCCCCACGGUCGAUACUUCCUUUUUCCAAUGUAUUGCACGGUCGAGGUCUCUACCAAGGAUACCCUCCCUAGGGUGUUCCGCAACUUCGUGGACUGCGUCUGCUCGCCCAACGCCAGUGGAGAUCCGCUGCUGCAACACCUCAAGGAAGCAUCCUGCAACACGGCGCAACGGCCGCAGGAUUGUCCUUCAGGAACUCGGCACCUGGACCUAGGCAGGGCAACGUCGUCUGUGCUAUCCUUGUCAUCCUGGUCCAUGCUUCCUUUUUUCGAAGUCUGCGUGGUCGGGGUCUAUGGCAAGGGCGCCCUCCCUGGGGUAUUCCGCAACUUCAAGGACUGCAUCUGCUCGCCCGACGCCAGUGGAGAUCCGCUGCUGCAACGCGUCAAGGAAGCGUCCUGCACGGCGUAGCGGCCGCGGGGUCAUCCUUCAGGAACUUAGCGUGCGACCUGCUCACCUAGACUUGGUGGGGCAGCGGCGUCUGUGCUAUCCUCGUCAUCCUGGCGAGCCAUACUUUUCCCAUCCAUCUGUUUGGAAACGGAAAAGCUGUAUUACUUCGUUCAUUCGUCUAUCUGGAGGUCCUAGAAAUUGAGGCAUGUUGGAUGCAGUAUUGGCGGCUGGAUUAAUUGUGCUCAGCACCACCAAUGUUUUUCUUGAAAACAUGUUUGCAUGCUUCUGUACAGUUAAAUGAUGUGCUUGCUUGUUACAUAGUUGUUUUUAACUACCUUUCUGGGUGUUAUCUAAGCGUAAGUUUUCUCUCAAAUUCAGGGGCGAUCGGCUAUAUCAACAGAUGAUUCUUUGAAGGUUGUUGCAUCCAGGUAAUUUUGACCUAGCAGGACCAAUUAGUGUGGAGAUGAUGCUUGUUAGGUACAAGCUGACAAAUAGUCGAACACCAUGCUAUGUUGUUCAUUAAUCUGUUUUUGCAAGUAAACUGGAGCUGGUUCUUUAUAGUUGCAGAUUUUGUAGCUUGCAAGAUUACUAGAAGUUGAAACAAAUUAUCUGUAUGUGAUGGAUCGGAGAAAGUUUAUCAAUCAAAACUGCAUGGACUGGAGAAAGUAUAUUAAUUGGCAAAACAAAUUAAUCAAAGAUAGGUAACCCUUGUAUUAGUUUCCGGAUUGAAAAUUCAUCAGAGGUCUCUAUUCAAGGCAAACAUACACAAACCAGAGCAAGAGCACAUGGAAUUGUGUGGCAAGCCGUUCCUAUCUUAGUAACAUAGUGUUGUUUCCUUCCUGUACAUAUGUUUUUUCCGUUCUGCUCAUUGGUUUUCUGUUGCUUUUCUCCUUAAACUUCCAAGCGUGUAUUUUUUUGGAUAAUAUAUGUGUUAGAAUUGUAUACACAUCCUUUA